UGGCUGAUCAUUCUUGGGAGUUGGACUGCAGACUGCAGCCAAGCGGCAGACACCAACGUGCAGAUCUUCCUGAAGACCCUGACAGACAACACCAUCACUCUUGAGGUCAAGCCCAGUGACACCAUCGAGAAUGUCAAGGACAAGAUCCAAGACAGUGAAGGCAUCCCACCUGACCAGCAGAGGCUGGUAUUCAAUGGUAAACAGCUGGAAGAUGGCUGCACCCUGUCCAACUGCUACAUCCAGAACCAGUCCACCUUGUAUCUGGAGCUGCCUCUGUGCGAUGGCAUCAUUGAGCCCUCCCUUCAUCAGCUUGCCCAGAAGUACAACUGGGAGAAGAUGAUCUGCCGCAAGUACUACAAACCCCUGCACCCUCAUGCAGUCCAGUGCAACGAGAAGUGUGGCCAUACCUACAACCUGCGCCCCAGGAAGGUCAAAUAA